UCUAGCUCUUGUUGCCGUUUUCCCCUCGUAUUAUCGAUGUCAUCUGAUAACGCCUCCAGCCAGUUGAAAGACUGCGAUCCUCGUCCUCAUCUCAACUUGGUCUUCAUAGGCCACGUCGAUGCCGGCAAGUCGACCACCUGUGGAAACAUCAUGUACCUGUCAGGCUUGGUGGACAAUCGGACUAUUGAGAAGUUCGAAAGAGAGGCUAAAGAUAAGAACCGAGAGUCGUGGUUCUUGGCCUAUAUUAUGGACACCAACGAGGAGGAGAGGGCCAAGGGCAUCACUGUUGAGGUCGGUCGGGCCCACUUUGAGACACCCAAUAGACGGUUUACCAUACUAGAUGCCCCGGGUCAUAAGAACUAUGUACCCAAUAUGAUAUCCGGCGCCGCCCAGGCCGAUAUUGGAGUAUUAAUGAUAUCAGCUCGAAAGGGUGAGUUCGAGACGGGUUUCGAUAAGGGAGGUCAAACUCGUGAGCAUGCCAUGCUUGCUAAGACCUUGGGAGUCAAUAAACUCAUCGUUACUAUCAACAAGAUGGACGAUCCCACUGUAAAUUGGUCUAAGGCAAGAUAUGACCAGAUCAUUGAGAAAUUGACACCCUUCUUAAAGAGCUGUGGGUUCAACGUAAAAAGUGAGGACGACGUCCACUUCCUGCCCAUCUCCGGCCUGAAGGGCGAUAACUUAAAGGAAGCUGCCAAGUCCCCCGGCUCUGACUGGUACCACGGUCCUACAUUAUUCCAGGUCUUGGACAACGCUAACCCACCGUACAGGGACCCCGAGGCGCCCCUACGGAUACCUAUUAUGGACGGUUAUAGGGAUAUGGGCACUAUCGCUAUGGGUAAGAUCGAACAGGGCAAGGCAAAACCAGGUCAACAGUGCAUGUUACUACCUAAUAAGACUAUCACUGAGAUACAGUCUGUUUACAUUGAGGACGAUGAAUAUAAAUAUGCUAAUCCUGGUGAGGAUAUCAAGCUCAAGUUGAAGAAUGUUGCUGAAGACCAAGUCCAGAAGGGAUUCGUCCUCUCUGCCAUUGAUCAUCCUUGCCCAGUAGUACAGAAGUUCCGAGCACAACUAGUCAUCACAGACCUCCUCGAACACAAGCCCAUCAUCACUAUUGGCUACACUGCUGUACUACACGUCCACACUGCCAUCGAAGAGUGCACUAUUACCAAACUAUUAGAGUGUGUUGAUAAGCAAAAGAAGACCAAACAGAAGAGGCCAAGGUUUGCCAAGACCGGUCAGAUGUUGCUGUGCGUCAUUGAGACUACCAACAAACUGUGUGUGGAUACCUUCAAGAGAACUCCCCAACUUGGACGAUUCACUUUGAGAGAUGAGGGUAAAACUAUCGCUAUAGGGAAGAUUGUGGAGUUGCCCAAAUCCGCCACUGAGGAGGCGGCCUAA